GCAGAGCGCACAAGUUCCACAAUUUACAAGACCAUCAUUUGUAUGCGCAAGAGACUGUGCAUUGCCUUUUUGCCGUCCUUGCAUUGAGAGGUAUGAUGCCUGGUCUGGUGGUAGCCCUUACCAUUGCAUGCGCCUGUCAUGCUGUGUUGGGGGCCAACAUAGAGUCGACUGGCUGGAAGGUUUUCAACAAGCCAGCUGAUGGCUUCGGUUACAGAGUGAUCCAGCACGGCCCGUCAAGAGUAUUGGUUAGCGCCCCACUCCAACAGCAAAAUGUCGACAAGAAAGGCCAAAUUUACAACUGCAGGGUGGAUUCAGAAUUGUGUUCAACUUUAGAUAUCAAGGAUACUGCUGUAAAUAUGUCUCUUGGUCUCUCAAUGACAAUGACUGAAACAGCUAAGAUGCCAGCUAAGACGUGGGUCUGUGGUCCCACUAUCCCCAAAGAAUGCCCCGAAGUCACCCAGUAUGGUGGGAUGUGUUUCGGUCUUAAUUCCAACCUGAGGCAAGAAGGACCUCUGCCAUUGUCCCUGGAAGACUGCAAGGCUGGUGCGGACGUUUUAUUUCUGUUGGAUGGGUCUGGAAGUGUAAAAUCUGAACAGUUCAUUGAGAUGAAAGGAUUUGUUAAGGAACUGAUCACAGCACUACUGAAAUAUGAUACCAGAUUUUCCAUAGCAGAGUACUCCUCUCACUGCACCAUCCACAUCCAGUUUGAUCAGUUUGCCAGAACACAGUGGGAGCAACAGUUGAAUAGCAUCACACAGAGUAGAGGUGUAACAACGACUGCAAGUUCCAUCCUGAAAGUUGUGAAUGAGGGGUUUGUUACCAGGGCUGGAGCAAGGGAUGAUGCAAAGAAAAUUCUCAUUGUCAUCACAGAUGGAGUCAUGUAUAUGGACACAAUCAAGUACAGUGAUGCAAUUGGACCGGCCAACAAGAAAAAUAUUACAAGAUUUGCUAUAGGGAUUGGUGGAGCUUUUGAUGACGAAUCAGCAAAAGAUGAACUGAAGGCAAUAGCAUCUGCACCUGUUGACAAACACAUGUUUAAAGUGGACAGCUUUGAAGCACUGAAGGAGAUCAGCAGCACCCUGGAAACGAGCAUUAUUGCCAUAGAAGGAAGCCAAACUGUGGGCGACUCCACAAAGAUGGAAUUUGCCCAGAAUGGAUUCAGCGCAGCUGUUGUGUCCAGCCCAGAGGAGAGGCUUCUAGUGGGUGUGGUUGGGGCAAACCAGUGGAGAGGGGGAUACCAGGACAUCCAUGUGUCUACAGGGAAAACCACAUUCAACAGGAUGGGAGACGUCUCUCCUGACAGUUAUCUGGGCUACUCCAUGGCUGUGGCGGUCAGACAGGGACAGAGCUACAUUGUAAUGGGAGCCCCCAGAUACGAACACAAGGGCCUACUCAUGGUCAUCUCUCCUGAUGGCACACGCAAGACCUUCACACAGCCACAGCCCCAGAUAGGUGCCUACUUCGGGGCAGAGGUGUGUGUGGUUGAUUUGGAUGGAGACUCCAACACUGACCUGAUUCUGGCAUCUGCCCCCAUGCACACAGAAGAGGGGAGGGAGGGAUCAGUCUUUGAGUAUAAAUUAAAAUUCGGGAAUAAGCGUGUGAUAGAGAUAAAGGAGAGUGGGACCUUGCUGGGACUGGAUGGGGAGAGGGGGAGGUUCGGCUGGGCUCUGGCCAGCCUGGCAGACCUGAACGGGGAUGAGAUCAGGGACGUGGCUGUGGGAGCCCCUCUGGAGGAUAACGGACAGGGCAGCCUGUACAUCUUCAACGGCAGAACAGGAGGCAUCAACCCCACAUACUCACAGAGGAUUGUAGGUUCAUCAGUGCGGUCCGGUCUGCGGUUCUUUGGGUGGACUGUGGCCCCGUCUGCUCUGGACCAGAGUGGAGACAGGCUGCCUGACAUUGCGGUUGGGUCCAAAGGAGCUGUUCUGCUGCUCAGGUCAAGACCCUUGGUGUCCAUAGCAACAGACGUGUCAUUCCAGCCCUCCAUAAUCCCGACGUCUGUUUCUCAGUGUGCUGGUGUGGAGAACAUUACAGCCAGCGUGUGCUUCAACAUGGCCAAGGUCACAAGCGACACGUUCACAGGACUACAAGCAGAGAUCAACUACACACUAAGCUUGGACACCACCCGAUCAAUCCCUCGCGCUUUCUUCACCUCAGUGAGUGAGGAGAAGACAAUGAGCGGAGCGGUGACAGUAUCGCUGGGGAAUAAGAACUGCUUUGAUCUCCCUUUCCAUGUUCAGUGCCAGACGGUGGAUGUAGUGAACCCUAUAGUAGUGGAGGUGGCCCUUCUCUUCCAUGGUCUUCCCAUCCAGGCGGCCUCCCAGCUAAAACCACAGCUGGACAGCAGCUCUGCCACCACCACUAUAGACAUGUUGAACUUUGAAAUGGACUGUGGACCAGAUCGUGUUUGUAUUGACAAUAUCUACCUCAGCAUUGACUUCCCUGGAUUGUCCACUAUUGAGGUGGGCAUUGCUGAGAAUAUGAUUGUUGUGGUGACAGUAGAGAACAGAGGAGAAGACUCCUACAGCACCCGUGUGUCUCUCUCCUACCCCCCUGGCCUCUCCUACAGGACUGUCACCAAGAAACAGGGCAGGGUGGAUUGCACCUCUCUGGACAGCACGGAUGAAGUCUCUCUGGGGAAGACUGACUGCAGAAUCAACACACCCAUCCUUAAAGCUGGCGACAAGGCUACCUUUGAGCUUCAAUAUGGGAUUGAUGGGAACCAUGAUUUUGGAGACAGAGUCACAAUACAGGCCCAGGCUUUCAGUAACAAUGAAAACCAUGCUGAUGGGAGCCACUUGACCAACUCCAAGGACAUCGCAGCCAAAUACAGCAUCUAUGUCCUUACGACCAGAUUUGAGGGCACAACCAGCUACAUUAAUUUCACUGCAGGAAAUUACCACUCGCAGAAACCAGUGAGGCACAGUUUACAGGUGACAAAUGCACUUCGAGAUCUCAAUCUGACAGUCGUCAUUAGUGUCCCUGUGAGACUCCAAGACAAGGACCUCUGGGCUGGUGCAAACAGCUUGCAUAUUGAUGGAUGCACAGCAGGACAGGAGUUGAAGCCAGCCAUCACAGACCUACAGCAGGUCUUCAAGAACACCAAGGAGCCAACCCUGAACUGCUCCAUUGCAGUGUGUCUGGAGUUCAGGUGUGCCUCAUACAUGCCAAAGAGGAGUCAAAACCACUACAGCAUCUCAGGAAAUGUCAGCUCAGCGUGGAUUGAACAGACUGGGCUGCGUUCUGCUUUGUUUCGCCUGGUCACUUCGGCCACUCUGGAGUACGACAACAACAAAUACAUCUUCUUCUCCUCGGACUCCUCACGACAACCACCUGUUACCAGGAUUCAGACAAAUGUGGAGCUGUAUGAGGUGCCAGAUCUGACUAAGGAGAUCAUUGGUGGAGUAGUGGGUGGUCUGCUGGUAUUGAUUCUACUGACAGUUGGCCUCACUAAGUCCGGCUUCUUCAAGAGUUCAUACCAACAGAAGCUACUGGAGGCAGAAGCUGAGGGAGAUGGCGGAGAACCACCAGGAGCAGAAUAACUUUUUUUUACUUCUCUCU